AUGCCCUCCAAAGAAUCUUUUCUUAAUUACCCCCCAGCACGUGAGGGUCCCGAGGUGCCAUACAAGCAUGAAGACCAGGUCCUGCCAGUGUUCCGCGGCACGACUCUAGCCAUCGGCGCUACAUUAAUUCAUAAUGUAGGAUUUAUCCAGAGCCAUUUCUGGCGCAAUGCCGGCUUCGGUGUCAUUCGUGAAAUCUCCCAUCUAGGCCAGUACGCCGGCCGCUACGAUCCAACCGUCAUCCCGGUCGACAAUACCAGCCAGAUCGAGUCGGCACUGAAACAGCAAGUGGAGCGCAGAAAGGGAAACCGUGGGUACUAUACUUCCGCGGACUACCACGCGCUCUACUCCUCGGGGGAGCUGACUCCGACCGUUGUCAUCGAGACGCUAUUGCCUCUGGUCCGACGUGAUACUCAACCGCCCGGGAAACAUUCAACUGCUUUUAUUGAGUCUCAGGUCACUUUGAUUCGUGCAGCAGCGGAAGAAUCGACGAAGCGAUACAAGCAGGGCCAAUGGUUGGGCCCACUCGACGGUGUGCCGGUCGCGGUGAAGGAUGAGGUGCACCUCACGGGCUAUAACCGCACGCUAGGCUCAAAGUUGGAUUUCAAGCAUGGUACCGAUGAGACUUCGUGGUGUGUGAAGCAAUGGCUGGACGCCGGAGCUCUAAUCAUCGGAAAAACUUCGAUGCAUGAGCUUGGACUAGACACAAACAACAACAAUCCUAACUAUGGAACACCUAGAAACCCCCACAAUAAGGAGUACUAUUGUGGCGGUUCAUCUGGUGGCUCCGGAUAUGCUGUCGCAGCGGGCCUUGUACCUAUUGCGCUUGGCGCAGACGGCGGAGGCUCGAUUCGUAUCCCCUCCUCGUUUUGUGGCAUCUGGGGCUUGAAACCUUCACAUGGCCGUGUGUCCGGUGCGCCAUCCCAAAGCCUCGCGCCCACUGUUGGUGUUCUCGGGCCUAUGGCUGCUAGCAUCGAUGACCUCGCCCUCGCUUAUCGCCUCAUGGCUGCUCCAGCGCCAGCUUCAGAAGACCCGAUUUCAUCACAGUUCCCGUAUCCAGCUCCCCCGCAACCUGACACCAAAAACACAAAAACAAUUGGUAUUGUCCGCGACUGGGUUGAGCGCGCCGAGGGCCCUGUGCGCGCUGUGCUUGAUCGGGCGCUCGACUACUACAGCGCGCAAGGCUACAAUGUUAUCGAUAUCACAAUUCCUUAUCUGCUUGAGGGUCAGCGUGCCCACGCCCUUACGAUCAUGGCUGAGAUCGCAUCGGGCGUUGAUGCAAGCAAGAUCCGGCAGCUCACGGCCCCGAACAAAGUGCUGAUCUCUAUGGGUAUGUAUCAGAUUACCGCGCAGGACUUGCUAGCCUCUCAGCGCCUGCGCAAUCUUCUCAUGACACAUCUCGCGCAUCUCUUCAAGACCCACCCUGGGCUGCUCAUCGUCUCGCCCACAACGCCCAUUCCCGGAUGGCAUAUUGACGGUGAGGCGGACUUGUCUCAAGGUUUAUCGGAUACUAAAUCAUCUGUCCGCAAUAUGGAAUACGUUUGGCUGGCCAACUUUAGUGGCUGCCCUGCCAUCAAUUGUCCUGCUGGUUAUACCCCGGAUGGCGGUGUGCCUAUCGGAUUAAUGGCCAUGAGCGAAUGGGGUAGCGAGGAAGAGCUGAUCGCCUUUGCUCGAGAUGGAGAGCCUAUCUUGGACCUGCCUAGUAGCAGUCCUUUGCUUGAUGAAAACGGGAUUACAUUGGCUAAUAAUAAGGGCCUGCGGACUCCUAGUCAUGUAUGGGAAGAUAUUAUUGUUCAGGCUAAGGAGAAGAUAGCUAUCUAA